AUGAAUAAUGUUGAACAUUGUGCAAUCAUCAACAACAUCCCCACUUCUGACCUAAUGACUGAGAGAAAGCCAUUGAUGAAACAGAUGAAGAUGGUGGGCUUAGGACACUGCCCGGAGGAACUGCAGAGAUGUACUGUAGCUAAGAUGACUGAUCUCCAAAAAUCGCAACCAUCUUCCUUUAUGCCAGAGAUGACUCCAACCAGUGGCGUGCUCUCUCCCUGAUUUCCAUUUGAUCAAAUGUUGCAGUAAUGUCAAGGUCAGUCACUCUCACCUCACCUCUGGAAUGCGGCUCUUUUAUCCAUAUUUGAACUAAGGCUCAAAUGAAGUCAGGAGCUGAGUGGCAGAACACAGUGGCUGAGUUGCCUGAUGCACUGCUUGAUAGCAGUGUUGAUGACACUCCUAUCACUUUACUGAUGAUCCAAGGUAAUAAUUGGGCGUGUUGGGGAUUUAUCCUGAUUUUGAUAACAGGAGAUCUGUGGACAAUUUGCCACAUUGUUGGAAGAUGCCAAAGGAUCUUCAUGUUCGUUUUUUGAUUGCUUUGGCUAUUAUAUUUAUUUGGUCACUAGCUUUUUUUAAAAUACACGAUUCAUACAUUAUCUAUAAAUAUAUUACAAAAUAAAUUCGAGUCGGACAAUACACUAGAUAGAAUAAAAAUUGUAUUUCUUAGUUGAUCACUGUUCAGUCCUAGGUGCCUCGUCCAACCGCAAAAUUGGAACAUUUACUCAAUUUGACCAAAAACUAUAUACGAAGGGGAUUCUCAAAGUUAACAGCCUCUCGAUAGAUGAUGAUCGGAAGACCUUCGUUUUGGAUGCGUGAAGAACAUGCAUAUGUUCUUUUACUGUUACUGUCUAUGACUAAAUCAUGUAUCUACAGCCACACUUUGGAUGUUCAACGUUUGUUAUUACACCGGAAUAUACUGGGUUCAAUUUUAACCCUCAAAUAGUCGGAUUUUAAAUGAGUUUGCAUACCGCCCAAUUCUGUCUCAACUGGGAUGAUCUGAGCAUUUUCUCCAACAGAGGGCGCGGGUCUGCAGAGAGUAUUUCCCAAGGCUGGUUGUAGUGGGUGGAGCCGGUGUUGGAGGAAGUCUCUCUUUCCUCAUGUCGUGGUGAACAAUCUUGACUUCAUUUCCCGGACAAAUAAUGAAGGGCUCUUCCAGCUCUCCUCUUGCUUCCUACGAGACACUCGUGCAUGCCGUGGCUGGGGUGGUGGGUAGUCUGACUGCUACAACAACAUUCUUCCCUUUGGACACUGCAAGGAUUCGACUUCAAGUUGAUGAAAAACGUAAAUCCAGCUCCACGCCUGUGAUAUUGGCGGAAAUUGUGAAAGAGGAAGGAUUAUCAGCUCUAUACCGUGGAUGGUUCCCUGUUAUUUCUAGUGUUUGCUGUUCAAACUUUGUUUAUUUCUACACAUUCAACAGCCUGAAAUCGAUGCUGGUGAAGGGUAAUGCUCGUGCCACGCCAGGCAAAGAUCUGCUGAUGGGUUGCAUUGCAGGUGCUACUAAUGUUUUCCUAACGACACCAAUGUGGGUAGUCAACACAAGAUUGAAGCUGCAAGGAGCAAAGUUUAGAAAGGAGGAUAUCCACAAGACUGAGUACAAAGGUAUUCUUGACGCUUUCCAACAGAUCAUCACAAAUGAAGGUGUGGGAACCCUCUGGAAUGGAAUCCUACCAUCCCUUAUCUUGGUCUGUAAUCCUGGAAUCCAGUUCAUGUUUUACGAGGGUUUGAAACGGAAAGCAGGCAAAGCAGGGAGACGGAUACCAUCCUGGGAAAUAUUUAUGAUUGGAGCCAUAGCAAAAGCGAUUGCCACAACAGUGACCUACCCUUUGCAGAUUGUGCAGGCUAUACUACGGUUUGAACCAAAUAAAAGGAAGUCACAAAGUACAUUUCAGGAGAGUGCCCAUAAGGUUAUUAGUCUGAUAUCCGAAAGACUAAAAAAAGGUGGUUUCCCAGGACUUUACAAGGGUCUUGAAGCCAAACUUCUUCAAACUGUUUGUACUGCUGCUCUAAUGUUCCUGGUCUACGAGAGGAUUGCAGGGAUUACUUUCAAAAUCAUGGGAUUAUCUAAAAUGGCCAAACGCUAAGUCAACAAUUUAAAAUGCUGACCUGUGAGCUGCAGGGAGACCAUUGCACAACAGGUAGUAAGGCUGGGUAAUAUCAUCUUGUUCCUUGAAAUGAUGUGUUAACAAUGGAGAAAACUGCACAAUUAAAUGAGAAGCCAUUAUAUUUAGUUUGCAAAGCCAUUGCAAGAUUGUGAAACACAAAUACUGAAAGCUCAAAGUACUUUCAAAGACAGAAUGAUAUAUACUGCAGCCAUGAGGCUAAUUUACAUUUUACCCAGGGCAACAAGGCUGGAAGAAUGGAGGAAUUCUGUUUGUAUACAGGACAAAACUUGGUUGUGGGUGUUGGGUGAAAAAGUGUGCACUUUAAGAUGAUGUUUCCAGUCAGAAUGAAUGUAAUUUGUGACACUGGCUCUGUAUUUCUAAGUUACAUUUUUGUUACAUGUCUCUGGAGGUAGUUCAACCCAGUGACUGAAAUGGAGUUGUAGUGAAGAACUUCCAUGGAGUGCUAGUUUUCAGUGUUAAGGUGGAUAUUGUUAAUAAAAGGGGAAUGAAUAAAACAUGCUGGCUCUCAGCUCGGAGAUGCUUGAUUGUUACUGUACG